CGGAUUUCAAACCCCCUGACCCCCCCUAAACGCUCACAUGGCAACUAGGCACUAUGUAGGCACUUACCUAGUACCUAUCCAAUAUGCGCUUAGAAGUAAAUAUGACCGUGAACAUUGUAUGAUGAAAGACCGAAAAGCUGCCUUGAUCUACUACUACGCAGAAACCUAAAUGGGUAGUUCCGUAACUCAUAGUAACGUGUAAGUGUAAGUCGAUGCCGGUCUCCUCGCAUCUCCAUCUUAUAUAUAUUCCUACCUAGGUACGCAAUUGCCUAGGUUAGUUGGUUAUGUUGGUAACCGCAUCAUAUAUGUCUUAUAUGUCUACCUUCAGCGACUAGUUACUAUCUUGGCCUUGACCGACUACGCCCAGUCCCAAGAUGCGUGCUCUCUCUCGACAUCUACCGACCACUGCCUUCCAGGCACGGUCGGUCAUGAUGGCCGCAACCCAGACCCAGACGAAAAGGGAAGGAAACAUUGCUGAUGCGUUCGUAUCUCUAUCCGGAGGCCCAACCACGCCUCUCCCCCAGCGAUUUCUUGAGCUCAAAAGGACCCUGGUGGGUGGCCACGAAGACCGCGUGGUGAAGAGCUGGAACAGGCUUCUUGCGGAGCUCAAGCGUGAGAACCAAACGAUCGCUAGAGAAGGACCUCGCGUUGUUCCUAGCCUCGACUACCAGGACUUCGACACCGAUCUGAACCGGCUCGGCGACGAAGUGAAGAAAAGGGGUGUUGCUGUUAUUAGGGGCGUGCUUCCCGAAGAGGAAGCCCGUUCAUUUAAGAGCGAGAUUGAGGAGUAUGUGAGGCAGAAUCCUCACACAAAAGCGUUCCCGCCCGACAACCCGCAGGUCUACGAGUUAUACUGGUCUGCGCCUCAACUCCGCGCCAGGGCUCACUCGAACCUGCUGCGCGUCCAAAGGGCCUUUAUGAACUUAUGGCACACGUCCGAUCCCAACAGUGCCAUAUCCACAUCGCAGCCCCUGGCGUAUGCCGACCGGCUCCGCAUCAGACAGCCCGGCGACGCCACUUUUGCACUAGGACCCCACAUCGAUGGAGGCAGCGUGGAGAGGUGGGAGCUGCACGGCUACGGGCGCGGCGGGGUCUACGACAAGAUAUUCCAGGGGACGUGGGAAGACUACGACCCGUGGGACGCCAGCACGCGGGUGCCCGCCGUCAUCGACAACUACAACGGCCUGGGCGCCUGCUCCAUGUUCCGCAUGUUCCAAGGCUGGCUGAGCAUGAGCACCACGAACCCGUUUGAGGGAACGCUGAUGGUGAACCCCGCGGUCAAGCUCUCAACGGCGUACGUGCUGCUUCGCCCGUUCUUCCGCCCCAUCAGGGACGUCGGUCAGACGUCGUCGGAAGGGUAUCUCGCAGCUGAGAACUGGCAGUUUGCUGGCUCCGAGAUGACGAGUGACUUGCAGGGAGCUACCCCUGGCCAUGGACAGGAGCUGAGUGCGGUUCUUCACCCGCAUCUGGAUCUCGAACAUACCAUGGUACAUGUUCCACGCAUAAAGCCGGGCGAUUAUGUGGUGUGGCAUUGUGAUACUAUACACUCCGUCGACAAGGUGCAUACCGGCACCGCCGAUUCCAGCGUGCUGUACAUCCCCGUAUGUCCCGUCACAGAAUCAAACGCCAAAUAUGUCCUCCGCCAGAAGCAUGCCUUCCUAAACGGAACCCCUGGCCCGGAUUUCCCCGGCGGGCAGGGCGAGUCUCACCACGUGAACCGACCAACGGAGUCGUUCCUUCGCUCGAAUAGCGCCGACGAAGGGCUGCGAGCGUUCGGGUUUGAGAGGCUGGUCCCGGCCGCGACCGAUAGCGAUGGGGCGAGGAACGUGGUUUCGCUGGCGAACACUAUACUGGGUUACUAGAUAUUGCCGGGAGGCAUUUUCGCUUAUACAUAUAUGUACCUACCUGGGUAGAUAGGUAUAAGGCGAAGUGGUUUAAUGAAGUAUGAAGAAAUGAAUGAAU